AUGGGUUUCGAUGCAAUCGAAGCUCAACGCUCUUCUCUAUUGAUUGGGUUCGUAGUUAUUGUUGGGAAUGAAGCUUUGGACGUGCCGAAGCAGAUAGAACAGGUCUAUCUCUCUCGCUCUCGCUCUCGCUCUCACUCUAUCUUCGCAAAACCCUUCUCUAGGGUUUUUGGCCUCCCAAUCCCAUCCUCUGGCCACUUGAGCUACACUUCAGUUGUUGAGUUGAAUUGUAGAUUGGAUCUCCAGAUCUGUGAGACAGGAGCUAUGGAUACACGAAAGAGAGGUAGAGCCGAAGCUGCCAAUGGUGGGUUCAAGAAAUCCAGGCCAGAAAUGGAGUCCUUGUCAACUGGUGUAGGAAGCAAAUCGAAGCCUUGCAUGAAGUUUUUCAGUACUGCUGGAUGUCCAUUUGGUGAGAGCUGCCACUUCCUGCACUAUGUUCCUGGUGGCUAUAAUGCUGUUGCCCAGGUGAUGAACCUGGGGCCAACCCCAGCAUCAAAAACUGUGUCAGCAGCACCUGUCCCAAAUGGCUCCUCUCCUCCUGCCCUUAAAACCCGCAUGUGCAACAAAUACAACACUGCUGAGGGCUGCAAAUUUGGUGACAAAUGUCAUUUUGCUCAUGGUGAGUGGGAACUCGGGAAGCCUCUUGCUCCAGCUUACGAGGAUCCACGCUCCAUGGGAGCCGUUCCCAGCCGUUUCCCUGGCAGAAUGGAGCCGCCUGCCCCAGCUGCUGGUGGUUUUGGUGCCUCGGCCACCGCCAAAAUUAGUGUAGAUGCUUCUCUUGCCGGAGCCAUCAUUGGAAAAGGUGGGGUCAAUUCCAAGCAGAUUUGUAGGCAAACAGGAGUUAAGCUUUCUAUUCGAGAUCACGAGACUGAUCCUAAUCUCAGGAACAUUGAGCUUGAGGGUACAUUUGACCAAAUCAAGCAAGCAAGUGCCAUGGUAAGAGAGCUGAUUGUUAGCAUUGGUUCCGUAGCUGCUCCUCCAAAAGCACCUGGAAUUCCUCGAGGCCCAGCCCCACCGGCUGGCAACUACAAGACGAAGAUGUGUCAGAAUUUUGCUAAAGGGUCCUGCACCUUUGGCGAAAGGUGCCAUUUUGCACACGGAGCUGCUGAGUUGCGCGAAUCAGGGGUGUGA